GGCCAGCCAAGCGGGUGACUUCUACCCUGUUUCACAUUUUUCUGCCCUCCUUCUUUUCCUUUGGCCCAGUACUAGUACUAGGAGGACGAUUGGCCUGUCCAGUCUUUGCUUGAAUACGAUGGUUUCUUGCCGGUUACUGCAGGGAUUACGAGUAUCCAUCACUCUCGCAUCCACAUCCGAUUACGCGCGCUCUGAUUCGUCUUCUUUCACUAUCCCGCUUUUUAUGCCCGGGAGUUUUAUUUUGUACUACUUACUACCUUUUACUAUUAGUGUACGGAGUACAUGCUCUCACUGGCAGCUCAAGUGGGGACGUUCUUUUGAUCCUCCUCACUAAUCGGGAGCGUCGACUUAGUUCCCCAUCCCCCCUAACGAACACCCCUGGAAGAGCUAACGCUUUAGCAUCUUAGCCACGGCUUGUCCUCACGUCGUGCACAUCCCGAUGCUCGGACAAGUUCUUUGGUCGCAGCCCGCAAGGCUCAGUAGCUCUUGAUCGGCUUUGAUCUAACGGGUCUCCUCAUACAAUGUAGGCCGUGUCCCCUUCCUCCUCAGAUCUUUCUGUCUAGGGAUCGAUGAGACCUUGGUGGACGUCAGUCUUGCUCGCUGACUCCGCCUUCGUUUUUGCUGUCUCUGAACGCGAUCUACGAUUCUUCCUCCUCCACCUCCCCGCAUCGGCGAGCCAUUUCAAUUCCCUUGUACCUCUUCCCCCUUUACUGGGUGGCUAAGCAAAGCUCGUGAAGCGCGGUAAUUCAAGCUCUCGGGGUCUUCCAUUUGCCUCUCUUUCUUUUUGCCCUUUUCUUUUU